CCCUGGAAUGAGCCUCAGUGAGCGAUUCCCUGACAUUGUUGAUGAGCAGAAGCAGCGCUCCUAGCUGACGGUGAUGCCCGGUAGCAGCAGUAAGAGCGGAGGGCGGGGCCCCUCCUCUUCCCCCCUCCCACAUGCCGUGGUCCCGCCCAGCAGGCCCCUCAGACCUUCCCGCUACGUUCCAGUUUCAGCAGCCACCUUCUUCCUGGUCGGAUCCACCACGCUGUUCUUCUGCUUCACGUGUCCGUGGCUCUCGGAGCGCUUCUCUGUUGCCAUUCCAAUCUACAAUGGAGUUAUCUUUCUGUUUGUGUUGGCUAACUUCUGCAUGGCCACAUUCAUGGACCCCGGCAUCUUCCCAAGGGCGGAAGAAGACGAGGACAAAGAGGAUGACUUCCGUGCUCCGCUCUACAAGACGGUGGAGAUCAGGGGGAUCCAGGUCAGGAUGAAAUGGUGUUCAACCUGUCGCUUCUACAGACCCCCACGUUGCUCCCACUGCUCCGUCUGUGACAACUGUGUCGAGGAGUUCGACCAUCACUGUCCGUGGGUGAAUAACUGCAUCGGCAGGAGGAACUACCGCUACUUCUUCCUGUUCCUGCUGUCUCUGACGGCUCACAUCAUGGCCGUGUUUGGGUUCGGACUGCUCUUCAUCCUCUACCACCAGAAGAACAUCGACCACCUCCACGCCAUCGUUACGCUGGCUGUAAUGUGUGUGGCAGGCUUGUUCUUCAUCCCUGUUGCUGGGCUCACUGGUUUCCAUGUGGUGCUGGUGGCCAGAGGCAGAACAACCAACGAGCAGGUGACUGGAAAGUUCCGAGGGGGGGUGAAUCCGUUCACCAAUGGCUGUUGGAGGAAUGUCUCUCAUGUCCUCUGCAGCUCUCAGGCGCCCAGGUAUCUGGGCAGGAAGGCGUGUGUGCAGAGCGUGAGCGUUCAACCUCCAUUUCUGCGGCUGCAGCUCACCGAGGCUCAGCUGGCGGCCAAGAUCCUGGACAACGGCAUCCAGGGAGACAUGCACAGGUCCAAGUCCAGCCUUGAGAUGAUGGAGAGUCAGUCGUGUGACGCUGAGCCCCCUCCUCCUCCCAAACCCGAGCUGCGUUACCCUGGAAUCAGGAACAUGGAAGAGUGCAGCCUGCUGAACAAAGCCCCUCCCACCCCCACCAUGUACAAGUACAGGCCCACCUACAGCCCGGGGAAGAACCACGCCACGCUCACCCAUGCUUACGCCAACCAGAGGUGAGCCGAUCCGGAUCAGCCCUCUGAGUCGGACCAAUGGCGGCCAGCCCUUCUCCUCCUCCUCCUCCUGCUCCGCCCCCUCCUCCCCCUCUCACCUGGCCUCCUCACCCAGCAGAACCGGAGCGGAACACCCGAGCUCGCCGAUGACACAAAGUCCGCUCCACAGGCCUCAGGGCGGCGGGGUGAAGAAGGUGACGGGCGUCGGCGGAACCACCUAUGAGAUUUCUGUGUGAUUUCCUGUUCAGAGCUUCUGGACGGUGUGGUUUGGACCUGGACCAGGCUGGUAGCCUGAGAAGCCAUGAAUAAUCAGACAUCUGGCCCAGUCCUGGGGGGCGGGGCUUCCUUGACCAAGUGUAGCUUUCCUUAAGGUUCAUUGAGCACUUUGGACUUCAGUCAAACUGGACUUUUCUAUUUGAACAAGUGAAUCCUGUGCAGAAGCGGAUCAGUUCCCACUGAGGGACUCCUGCAGAAGCUGUGGUCUGAUGCAGGAUGAGGAUCGCUGUGAGGUUUGGCUCCGCCCCCACAGCGCUGCCUCUGCAGCAGAAGCUCAUUGGGACCUGAUGUCUUUAGCUGUUUUACUCCUGCCUGUACAGAAUGAUGUGAUUUCUACAUGUGGGUUUAACUGGGCGCCGUCUGCAGACAGGAGCAUGUGGUGUUUGCACAGGCCACCGCAGGAACAACACGCUAACGUCACUGAACAUGUGUUGGCUCUGAAUGGCCGAGCAACUUUUCUACAAAAUUCCUUCUCUGAACAAUUGCCUUGAAAACCAACAUUUCAAGUAUUUUUUUUUUAUUUCUUUUAUUUAAUUUGAUGUUUUUUUUAUCAAUUUGUACGGUAACCCAGCUGUUGAUGAAUGGAGAGUUUUAAAUAUUGAGUCUUGAAGCUUGGGGUGAAAGUGGAAGGCUGAUUGGCUGAAAUGUUCCAGCUGUUCUCCAGGAUCACAGCUGGACGCCACAUUCAGCUGCCCUGACCGAUCCAGCCACUGAUGGAGGCGGAACAUUUCAGCAGGAAUCUGCAUCUCUACAGGAAGCCGAUGGCAGUAAAGCAACAUUUCAGAUAGAAAGUAAUGUGUCAACCUGAGUCUGAAAAUAAAUGGUUACAUGUGGACAGCAGGAGCAGAUGGUUGUCUUUCUGAGACGUUACUGACGGUUUGUUUGCCUCAAUGAAAAGAAUGCAGCUUGGAGUAAAACAUCUUCAACUUUCCUGUCAGUCUGCAUCUUUUUCUCUAAUUCGUUAUGAUGAAGGAGCACAGAGGAGACGAGGCGUUUC